UAAAAAACAAAACUUUAAAUUCUUAGACAACAAUGCCAUAAUGAGACGCAGUUCAGCUCCGAGCCAGAGACUAAAGAACGGCAAUUCUCCCUUGCAAAACAAAUUCGCAAUAACACCGCCAACGAAACGUACCAGGGACAGGUCCGAACCGGAGAAAGAUGCGAAAAUACGUAAACCUCUGUCACAACUUAAUUCGGAGGUCGUCGUCGUAACGGAUCAUGAGGCCCUCAUUAAAAUAUUAUCCAGACCGUUCAAGUGUCCAAUUCCAAACUAUGAGGGCUCAAAUUCGACCAGAAACUUGGGGAUACGGCGUCCGCAAGUCAAGAGGGCUUUGUACGACCCCAACAUGCCCAACGCCUUGGUGCUGUACGAGCCACCUGAGCAGACCCAACACGACAAGCUCACCUCAAAGAGUGAUGUGUUGGUGCAUGUUGUUGUGGACCCAGUCCUGGGUAACAUACUUCGUCCCCAUCAGCGAGAAGGGGUGAAAUUCAUGUACGAGUGUGUCACGGGAGUGAACAUACCCGGCUACUACGGCUGUAUUAUGGCGGAUGAAAUGGGUCUGGGCAAAACAUUACAGUGCAUCACAUUACUGUGGACUUUAGUCCGACAAGGACCCCAGUGCAAGCCUACAAUUGAUAAAGGCAUAAUUGUGUGCCCCAGCUCUUUAGUCAAGAACUGGAGCAAUGAAAUCAACAAGUGGUUGGGAGGCAGAUUGACUAAUAUGAUAAUGGAUGGAGGGCCGGACAUAAAAAAGCGCCUCACUCAGUUCAUGCAAGGCCAAGGCAGGACCGCCAUUCCGGUGCUGAUAAUAUCGUACGAAACGUUCAGAAUGCAUGCUGAUAUACUACACAAGGGUGAAAUUGGGUUGGUGUUGUGCGACGAGGGACACAGGCUCAAAAACUGCGAGAACCAAACUUACAGGGCGUUAAUGGGGUUGAAAGCCAAGAGGAGGGUUUUAUUAAGUGGUACCCCCAUUCAGAACGAUUUGUUGGAGUAUUUCAGCCUGAUACACUUCGUUAAUGAGGGCCUGUUGGGCAGUGCCUCUGAGUUCAAGAGGAAGUUUGAGAAUUUCAUCCUUAAAGGCCAGGACGCUUACGCAACCGACGUGGAGCGGCAGAACGCCUCGGAGAAGCUCCAGGAGCUCUCUGCGUUGGUGAACAAGUGUAUAAUUCGUCGUACGUCAGCCCUUCUAACCAAAUACUUGCCGGUUAAAUUCGAAAUGAUCAUUAUAUGCCAGUUAACCCCGUUACAAAAGCAAAUUUAUUUAAAUUACAUAAACUCCGAGUCAAUCAGACGGACCGUGAACGGUGCGGAGCAAGACAAGCCCACUUUCAGCACCCUAGCCAGCAUAACGACGUUGAAGAAGCUGUGCAACCAUCCAGACUUGGUGCUGGACAAGAUACAGGAAGGGGCCGAGGGAUUUGAGAAGUCAAGGAGCCUGAUGCCCCAUAGAAACAGUGAUGGGGACGUAAGGCCUGAGCUGUCCGGUAAAAUGAUGCUUCUGGAUUGUUUCUUGGCUAAUCUCAAGGCGAAUUACGACGACAAAAUCGUGCUAGUCUCGAAUUACACCCAGACGUUAGACAUGUUUGAGAAGUUGUGUAAACGAAGGAGUUAUCUGUACGUCAGGCUGGAUGGAAGCAUGUCAAUAAAAAAACGUGCCAAAGUAGUGGAAAGCUUCAACAAAAAGGACUCUGGGGAGUUCAUCUUCAUGUUGAGUUCAAAGGCUGGAGGUUGUGGCCUUAAUUUAAUAGGUGCCAACAGGUUGAUCAUGUUUGACCCGGACUGGAAUCCGGCGAACGACGAUCAAGCCAUGGCCAGAGUUUGGAGGGAUGGCCAACAAAAGCCUUGCUACAUUUACAGAUUUUUGGCUGCGGGCACAAUUGAGGAAAAGAUAUUCCAACGUCAAGCCCACAAGAAAGCUUUGAGUUCGACGGUGGUGGACAUGAACGAGGAGACAGCAAGGCACUUCAGUGCCUCAGAACUCAAAGAGCUGUUCAGAUUGGAGGACACUGAUUCGGAUACGCAUUCGAAAAUCAAGUGUAGGAGAUGCGUCAACAAAAUCCAAACCAAAAAUCCACCCGAAGAAGCCGACUGUACUUCUGAUCUGAGUCUUUGGUACCACUGUUGGGACAAGAAGGGACUGGCGGAUUUAGUUUUGAAACAGAUUUGGGACAUAUCAAAGUAUAUUUCGUUCGUGUUCCACCAGAAAUCAGCUAAUCAAGUGGUAAAGCCGGUUAAAAGUGAAGAAGAGGAAGAUCCUGACUUUAAUGAAAAAGAGGAAUAUGAUUCUGAUUACUCUGAAUAAUCUCACAAUUUUUAAUUUUAAUAUUUCUACUUAUUAUUUAGAAGUAUUUCGUAUAAUUAUUGUUGGUUUCAAUGUUAAAAAAUAUUUAUAUCAAUUUAUAUGUUUUGUAUUUUUUAAACACAAAUAUAUUAUUAUUUUUGUCACUGAA